AUGGUUUCUUUUGCGCAUCGUCGUCGUCGAACAACUUCAUUCAAAACUCGAGUUUCCCGUUCAUUAAUUCCUAGACAUUCAAUGCGUGCUGGGCGUAGCCGAACAGAAAAUAAUGAUGAAAUAGAUUUGGAAUUAGGUGAAAAUGAAAAUAUUAUUUUGGCAAAUUCUGAGGAAAUACCCCCGUCUUCUUCUGAACAAACAACAACAAAUAAUCAACAAGGAGGUCCUUCUCGAUCACCUAUUUUUAUGCUUAGUAUGGCUCAAAGAGGUUCUAGACUUAAACCAACAUUAGAUGGACAACAAAUACAAUCACAACAACAACAACAACCUCCACAUUCACCAGAACGUUUGUCAUGUGGAACUGCUGCAUCUGUUAUACAAAAAGAGCAGGCAGAGGAGGAUGAUGAAGAAGAAAUGAUUAGAAAUAUGCCUUGGUUAAAGACACUUCUAGCCUUUAGUCAACGCUAUGGGUUUACAUGUGCUCAUGAAAAUUUUUGUUCUAAAUGGUGUUUUGAGAGAAUAUAUAGACAAUGUUUACGUCUUGUAGAAGCUUUAUCUUUUGUUUAUGGCAAUCAUUCCCUCGAGGGCCGAAUCGACAGGCGCCAGCAAUUUAUUGAUAGAUGGCAAAGUAUUCAACAUAAUGCACAAAAAAGGCACUCUUCAAACCCUCCAAGAAGAGAGAGUGCAAAUGUCCGUCAAAGCGGUGUUGAUCGAAUGCCUCUUGCCUUGAGAGGGCUAAUAAUUGAAAAAUUGAUGGAAAUUGAAGAGAUUAAGGCUAAAAAGACGGAUGAAAUGGAAGCAAUUGCGGAACCUAAAGAACUUAAACAACAAAAAAAUUCUCCCAUUUUUGGAAUAUUAAAAACACAAUUAUUAGGAUUAGUUCAUUCACCCCUUUCUACGCUUCUUAAAAGUAUUGUUUUAAUAAAAGGGGAACAACUUGUGCCUGUUAUUCCGAUUGCUUGGACUUUACUUACUCGAAUUGAAGAUUCUAAUUUAACAGCAACUGCUGCGGCAUUUUUUAUUUGUUGUGCAGUUAAAUGCCCACAAGAAAUUAAUUCUUUAAUGGCUGCUGAUCUUGCAUCAACUGAUCCUUCUGUUCGCACUUUAGCUAUUAAACGUUUUUAUGUUCUAUGGCGUCAACGUUUUCAUGUUUGGUUGAAAUUGGAAGAGGGGGCCCAACUUUUAUUUAAAGUCCCCCCACCAAGUAUUGACUUUACACUUCCAUCCCCUUCAAUUGGCCAAAGUCAAGUACCUAUUGUCGAUCCACCAUGGAUGCCACCAUUAAAAACUAAAAUAGAGGAAUUAUCAUUAAAGGAAGAAGAACAAUCAACAACACAAACAAUUAUGGCAAUGACUAGAACAAGAAGAAAACAAAAACAAGAAAUGGUUAGAAAAGCCUUAAGGAGAGCUGAGGAAAGGCAGAGAGAAUUGAGAGAACAAUUUCCGUUUAGAGCAACUGCUAUUGUUCAACAAGCAGCUUAUGAACCAGCUCUUUUCCAACAUCAACAAUUAAUUGUUCAAGCAGAUAAUUCAACUUCAGGUGUAACAGGUGGAGAUGAAUCUACUAUAGCAGAGACAGCCCUUUCCAUUCCUACAAGACAAAUAGCUAUACCUGUGGCGCAGCCUUUAUUUCCAUCUUCAAUACUUUCCGUUGUACCAACAAUUGUAGAAUUAUUAGAUGACCCUCAAGUUGACAAUGGAGGGGUUUCAGUUGGCGAAACCUGCCGAAAUAUAAUUUGGAAUUGUCUUGUUGAAGAUACUGCUUUAUUUCUUCGCCACUUUUUUGAAAAAUUUACAAAUCGAGACAAACAAAAACAAAUGCUUGCCCUUCUUCGCCGGCUCGUUCUUCGUUUUCGCCCUUUACCCCCACAAACUGCACAUACAAUUUUAAAUGCUUUAUUGGGACUUGUAAUGUUUUAUGUAAGAACGCCGGGAGGAGGUAGUGGAGGAAAUGAAGGAGGGGAAAUUGGAGGAAGUGAUCGUUCUUUGGCUUUAGCUUUGUCUGUUUGUUGGUUAAUUGUUCCUUAUGUUCAUGGUCUUUAUUUCAAAGACUUGAAACAAACCUUAAAAAAAGAACAAUGUGAUCAGGCUAUUAUGAUUACUGCUAAUUUACCUAGCGCUAAAAAGGUGUUAGUUCAUGGCCUUCCUUCGGACCAAUUACAAAGUGCCGGUUAUAGUGGAAUUCCAGCACAAUUUCCAGUACUCGAAGAAACACAAUUUCAGCAUUUAAUUAACGAAUCUCUCAACUUUUUUGGUAUUGAAGAAAAUGUUUUAAACAAACAACAGCAAUAUUAUCUUUACGAUCCAAAAACUUUUAUUUUACAUAAUCCAAAUUCUUAUGUUCGAGAUUUUUAUUUCUUUCACCGUUCAUUUUAUCCUCAAUUACAACUUUUACGUCUUGAUGCAGAAACAGCAGAACAAAGAAUUCGAGAACAUUCAUUUCAUCAAAAACUUAUUGAAACUGGAAAAGUACUUCUUACGCAUAAUGCUCUCCGUCAUUCACCCGAAUCAGUUGUUCCCCAAAGAAUAUUCUUUCUUCAUGACGAAUUUACUCAUUUACCAUCAUUCCCUCGCAAAGCUGUAGAAUCGUGCUUUGGAAUGUAUCAAGGUCUUUGGGGUGAUGAAUUACAAACAAUGGAUGCUUUACAUAAAUUCUCUUGGGCAAAUUUAAUGUCAAAUAUGUUUGAAAAAAUGGAGAAUGUUUUUAUGUUUGGUGAUUUACAUUUAUUUAUAAAUAUAAUUCAUUGUGAAGACGUUUUAAUUCUUCGUCGUUGUAUGACAGCUUAUUUAACAAUGAGUAUUCACUUUCAAUCUCUUUUUGCUAUUCAAGGAUUUUUCUUAAUUAUGCCUACAAUACUACGUUGUUAUUGGUGGGUAUUUUAA